AUGCCUGAGUCAGCAGUUUUGUUCAAAACUCAAGGUUCUCAAGACCAAGAGGUCGUAGUAACAACAGGUCUCGAGAUAUUUUCGAUGCUAAAGUUCUUCAAAAGAAAGAUCACACUCAUUCUUACAUUUAUUUUUGCCUGUAUUUCGGGAAUAUGCCCUUUAAUCAUGGUGAAGCUUAUUGGUGGUGUCACAACAGAUCUAUCUUUAGGUGAAUCCCAGGAAGAAGGAGAUUUUAUGAAAAGUAUUAUAAAAAACAUCAUUAGGAUGGCAAUUGCAGAUGCAGUUAUGCUUGUUACUAACCUCAUAUCUCAAUGCCUAAAGUCAUUCUGCACACCACAAUUUGCUCAUGAUCUCAGGUCUGAAAUCUACGGUAACCUCAUUGUAAAACCGAUAGAGUAUUUCGACAAUGCUCAGACAGGAACCCUUAUUGCCAGACUCUCCGAAGAUGUUACGUUAAUUAAAGAGAUAUACUGCGAUAAAGCGAUAGAAGCCUCAAAGAACUGUGCUUUCGCUCUCGCAGGUGUCAUCAUAGCAUUUACAACUUCUUGGCUUGUUUCUCUCAUUUGUGUUGCGACUCUUCCACUCAUUAUUACCAUUUUCAUGCUCACAGAGAAGUGCGUUGGCCAUAUGUGGCACAUGUACAAUGACAAAUCAACUUACGCUAUGGACAAAGCAGAAGAAGUCAUUACACAGUUCAGAACAGUGAAGUCCUUUGACAAUGAACUCGAUGAGUACGAGAAGUAUGCAGAGAGCCUUGAUGGUGUCGAUAGUGUCUAUACGAAAUCUGCCUCAAUUCAAGGUUUCGAGUACGGAAUUCUGACAUUCAUUGAAAACGGUCUCAUCAUUAUGCUCUUUUACAUCAUGUGUUACUUCAUUAUCAAGAAACCGAAGUAUGGCUUACAACCAGGUGAUUGCAUCACUCUCAUUAUCUCGGUUCUCAUUGCUGCAAUGGGAUUUGCAGGAAUGUUUUCAUCUUCCGACGACUUCAGAAGAGCAAACAUUUCAUCACGAAAAGUGCUUUCUAUAAUCAAUCCUGAAGUCAAAGAUAAUGAAGUUCCGUCAAAACCAGAAAUCAAAGAUGUCACUGGAAAAGUUCAACAUGCCCUCAAUAACUUCAAUAUGACUGUUGAACCUGGUCAAACAGUUGCAAUUGUUGGAGAAAGUGGAAGUGGAAAAUCAACAGUUCUUCAUCUUUUGCAGAGAUUUUAUGAUGGCUAUGAAGGAGAAAUCACAAUUGAUGGUCGCAAUGUCAAGGAUUUCAGUGACAAAAGCAUUUGUUCUAAUAUUGCUUCAGUUCCUCAAACUCCUGUGAUCUUCUCAAUGUCCAUUGAAGACAACAUCAAGUAUUCACAUCCAAGUGCUUCCAAUGAUGAAGUUGUUUCUGCAGCCAACAGUGGAAAUGCCCAUGACUUCAUAAACAACAUAUCUCAAUCAUACAAUUCCGAAGUCUCACAGAACUCAUUGUCAGGUGGCCAGAAGCAAAGAAUUUGCAUUUCACGAGCAAUUGUUGCAAACACACCCAUCAUUAUUCUUGAUGAAGCAACAGCAUCUCUUGACACAGAAUCAGAAAGUCUUGUCCAAAAAUCAAUUGAAAACUUCCACGGACAGAAGACUGUCAUAGUUGUUGCCCACAGGUUGUCAACUGUCAAGUCUGCAGACAUCAUUUAUGUCAUGAAAGAAGGCCGUGUCGUUGAGAAAGGUAAUCACGAACAACUUCUUUCUCUUAAUGGUGUGUACUCUGAUUUGGUUAAAUACCAGCUUCAGUAA